CAUGUUCUAAUCAAACUUUGUAUGUCGAACUUUGUUGUUCGCUUCUUCUAGUAUACUCUGGUAUCAAAUGUGAAACCAAAUAAGCGCGCAAGGAAAAACGGACAAUGAAAAUAACCCGAAAACUUGCUAUAUUCCUCCCCCUCCUUCUUCCCAUGCGUGCUCAAUAUCACCUUUUUUUCUGUUCGCUUCUUUCCGUUUGCAAGCAACGUCUCCCUCUAGUCCCCGCUUCCCAUGUUCCGAAUGGUGAACUGCUGACAGCAUCCUACAUGAACUCUGAAGUGGUGAUAGCGAGCCUGGGCUUCAGAAUCGGCCUGGCCUCAGAAAGACCCCGCGUCAUUCGGAUGCAGUCAUCAUUCCCAUCGGAAGUACGUCCCUAAAAAUAACGGGCAGGAAGCCCCUCGAGUCGAGGGGUGGGUUUGCGGCAAAAUAAAUGAAACUUUCCGAGGAAGAGGGA